AUGCUGCAAAGGAACGAAUCUGUGAACAAACUGGACGUGCAAGCCAUCAUUGCUCUUGCACUGGAUCUUACAACCAUCGUUCUUCUAAUCAUGGCGGUCAAGCAAAUGGAAGCUUUUGCUAUGGAAACUCUUGCUAUGGCAAUCGACAACUUGGCCCUAGUCAGCCUUAUCCUAGCUACCAGAAUCAAGGACAGCAGAAUGAUGGAAAUUGUUAUCCACCAAGACCUACAAACAAUUAUCAAGGAAGACCAAGUGGCAACAACCAAAACCUGCGUUGUUUUGGAAAUCAAACUCCGAACAACAGACCUCCAGGAAACUCUCAGCGAAGCGGUUUUCAAAAUCAUCAUUAUGCUAAAUCGCAUUUCAAUCAAGAAGUGGGAUGCUUUGUUCCGGAUGGAACUGUCCCAGUAG